AUGCAUAAAACGCAAAGCAGACGUGGUAAGCAUGUAGUCGGUAGUAAGUCAUUCAGGUCUAGAAGCGAUAUAAACAAGAAUAGCACUGAUACUACAUUACAAUGGCAUGAAAAAUAUGCACCACUGACACUAGAGGAAGUGGCGAUUCAUAAAAAAAAAUUAAAGGAUGUGACCAUUUCCUUGGAAACAAUGCUAUCUGGGGAAUCGACAAAUCGGAUUUUACUUCUCACAGGUCCCGCAGGAUGCUCAAAGAGCACAGUGGUAAAAUUACUUAGCAAUUUGCUCGUGCCAAAAUACAGGAACUCCUCCCCCAACUCGCUUCGAAAUAGCACUGAUAAAAAAUAUUUUGUGGAGUAUGACGAAUUUUGCAGUGGUACAUCACCGAUGCAAUCUUUCAGCGAGUUUCUAGACCAAGCACGCUAUCGAUUGGGGCGAAAUUUGGCAGUUAUUUUAGUAGAAGAUAUUCCCAAUGUUAUGCAUGGGGAGACAAGGGUCAAGUUUAGGAGUUCUUUACUUCAGUGGCUUUGCGAUGAGGAUAAAUUACCUCCACUUUUAAUUUGCCUAACAGAAUGUGAGUUGCCAGAGGGUUCUGGUUCAUCUGCUCAUGAAAGCUCAUUUAUUGCGGAAACUGUAUUGGGUAAGGAAAUCCUAAGUCAUCCGAAACUCUGCCGAAUAAAGUUUAAUCCAAUUAACACAUCCCUAAUGACCAGCAGACUUCGACAUAUAGCAACAUGCGAGAAGACUCAGUUUUCGAAAUCGAAAUGGGCCCAGCUUCCUCAAUUUAUUAAAGAGCUCGCCAAUGGUCCGGGUGAUAUUCGUUCCGCGAUUUCGAUGUUAGAGUUCUGGUGCUAUAGCAGCAAUUCGAGUGGCUUGGUUGCUACGAGGCAAUCCUCUAUUAACUAUUUCCACGCAGUGGGCAAAGUAAUUUAUGGCUCCAAAGAUUGCACAGACCAGGAGACUAUCGACUCUUUACUGGACACUAACCAUCAAAUAAAUGACACAUUUCUCCUAGGGAUAUUAGAAAAUUAUUCAAAUUUCAAUAAGAAGGAACUACCAAUGAAAUCAGCAUUGGAAGUUGCAGAUGUAUUAAGUGAGUUUGACCUUCUAAAUCAUCCCUCUGGAGCUUUAAAUGAUUAUAACGAAGUGGUUUUACGCAAAAUACGUAGAACCUUUAGAUUGUUGGAAGAAGAGCGCGGCCAGCACGGAAUGGCUACAUUUCCAAGGGAAUGGAAAGUCCGAGAAUCACAAAAUAAAUUUAGAUCAGAUUCAGAAGAUUUUGGGGCAAUUGAGUUCUAUAAGUAUGGAAACUACCCCUCACAAAAAACAAUCGCACUUUCUUUAUCAUUCUAUGCCCCACUUAUACGAAAUACCAGAAACUUCAUGAAAAAGUGUCUCCAUUAUUAUCUCAGCAGCGCAAGAGACAAAAAUGCCAUUACUAAAAUGUCUUCGCAGCACCAGCACAAUAUACUUAUUGAUAGUGAGGUCGACUACCUGAAGCGUAUAGGCGGUAACAUCCAAUCAAUUACUCCUGAAGCCGAGUUUGUGGAGUUUGAGCCGAAAGAAGAAGAAUUCCGUUUGCUGGAUCGAAGGAAUAAGAUUCUAGCCAUUCUUAGAAAAAACCAAGAAUUUGACCCUUCACUCUUAAAACAGGAAGAGCACCUAGAGGAAACAGAAUUUGAUAAGGACCCGAUCGUUGAAUCCAGUGUUGAGGAAUUUACAUUGGACGAUGAUUCCUUAUAUGAAGUGCUCACUCAGCAACCUGCGAAACCUAAUUCCCUACUCCCUCCGGCAACACCAGGUUUUAUGCACGACGAGUCGCUUUCAGAUUCGGACUUGGAGAAUCUAUAA